GUCACCGAAACACACCAGGUGACCGCUGACGUCAUCGAGAUACCAUCAGGUGACCGGAAACGUGACGGAGGCUCUGUCGGUGGUGUAUUGUGAGGGUCGUUAGGUUUCAAAGUCCAGUUAUGCUGCGAUCAGGAUUUAGACCUGAACGGUUGCGGGUCAACUUACGGCUUGUUAUCAACAGGCUCAAGCUAUUGGAGAAAAAGAAAACUGAGUUAGCACAGAAAGCCAGGAAGGAAAUUGCAGAUUAUCUUGCAGCUGGAAAAGAUGAAAGGGCCCGAAUCCGUGUUGAGCACAUCAUUCGAGAGGAUUACUUGGUGGAAGCAAUGGAAAUUCUGGAACUGUACUGUGAUUUGUUGCUUGCACGCUUUGGCAUGAUCCAAUCAAUGAAGGAACUUGACACAGGCCUCAGUGAAUCUAUUUCCACUCUGAUUUGGGCUGCUCCACGUCUUCAGAAUGAAGUUGCUGAAUUGAGAGUUGUCUCAGAUCAGCUGUGUGCCAAGUACAGCAAAGAGUAUGGAAAACUUUGCAGAACAAAUCAAAUAGGGACUGUGAAUGAGAGGCUAAUGCUCAAACUAAGUGUUGAGGCACCACCUAAAAUCCUUGUGGAGAGAUACUUAAUCGAGAUAGCAAAGAACUAUAAUGUUCCAUAUGAGCCUGAUGCUGUUGUCAUGGGUGAAGUCCCAGUUGGAGUGGAAGCAGAUUUGAUUGAUGUGGAUAAUGGUGAUAAAAAGGGUGGCCCUGGAGGGGGAGGUGGUGGAGGAUUUACAGCACCUACUGUAGACAGUAUGCCAAUGCAUAUGCCAAUGCCAACACCAUCUGUACCAUUUUCAUACCCACCAAGGAAAGGGCCAGAUAACAAUCUACCAGUGGACACUUACCAGCCAUUCAACAACUUCCAGCCACCUAACAUGGGGGGUAACCCACCCCCAAUACCAACACAACCACCAACAUAUGAAUCUAUAGAUGAUGUUAGCAGUACUGACACUUGUUUGCCUUCUCCCAAGCUUCCUGGUCCUUCUGUCCCAAUACCGGCACCUCGACAGUUGCCAGGACCUGCUUCUACUUCAAGCAACUUUGUUUAUGAUAACGUGACAAUACCUGAAUUGCCUUCUGUGCCUGAUACCCUACCAACAGCAUCUAUUGGUGGCACUUCCACAGCUUCAGAAGAUAUUGAUUUUGAUGAUCUGUCACGUAGAUUUGAGGACUUGAAGAAGAAAACUUAGUUUACUGAUUAAGAAUGUUGUACUUUAAUUUUCAUGGAGCAAUUCUAAAUUCACUGGUUUAUCUCUACAAGAAACUGUAAGGCUUUAUAAUGAACCAGAUGCUAUGUAUGCUGGUAUAUUAACACUCCUCCCUUAAAAUAUUAUUUGAAUUUCUCUUGAUAGUUGGUAUACUGUACUUUCAGACAAUACUCUAAUCCUGUCCCUGGUUAUAUUUAUGGGGAAGGGAAUUCUGGCAAAACAUAGGGUUAAUGGUUGAACAUGGAUUCAAAUCCAGUUUUGGCUCAUGAAUAUUCUAAUUGAAUCUAAUUUUCUUUCUCAAUGCUCCAAAUAAUCAGGGAUGACAGGUGGAGUUGAAAGAAUAAACAGUAUGUUACAUAGUGAGAUUGCAUGUGAUUUGAGACUAAUGUAAGGGAAAUAGCUGCCUUGACAAAAUUGUCAGUAACAUUUGGUAAAAGGGUAAAUUGUUUUCAAACAAUCAUUGGUCAAGUAUCUUGUGUAUUCCAAAAAAAGUCACAUACACCUUCCUAUUCACAGAUGGAAAAUUCCUAUGUUAUUUAAAAUCUAAUUUAAAACUCAUCUGUAAUAAAGCAUCUGUAACUUGUCAUGAUUCAUUCAUGUUAGAAUAAAAUUUUUGAACUUCUAGUGUAGCAACUGGUAUGCUUGGUAUACUUAUUAGUGAUUACCAAGAAUGCUUGGAAGAUGUCUACAUGUCAACUUUAAGAGCAUUCCAAUUGAAGCUGCUAAAAAAAUUGAACUUUUAUGUUGCAGUUUUAAAAUUAUGAUCUAGGUAGUUGGGGGAUGGUGAUGACUAAAAUCUUAAACAAUAGCUUACUCCCAAGUCCCUUCAAUGCUGUGGGAAUUUCAUCUUAUUUUUAACAAUGACAUAUGCAUUGCUUAUAUAUGGCUUAAAUACCAACAGAAAAUGGAACAAUCAAAUCGGUGAGUUUUUGUGUGCACGUUGGAUUCCAUAUAUUGAGUAUGUAAAAUUCUUUUCUCAAGAUUGUUAGCAUAAAGUAGUCGUCUAACCGUUUUGUUGUAGAAUACAUCUUGCUUCACUGUACAGCCAAAAGGAUGGAUGGAUUCUAUGGUGCAGUACCUUUGCUGUUGUCUUCCAGUACCAAUGGACUUCAAAUCUUUACUUGCUGAUCAGUCCUUUGCUCCAAUCAGAAGUAUCCAAGACUGGAGCAUUCAGUCAGAGAUGUAAAUUGAGCCCCUUACCCUUUUGAUUGGGCUGAUGUCUGAAGGGGUUAGUGGAAAACUAGAGUAACUUUUUUUGAGAGCCCAUAACUAAGGCAAUAAUUCUUCGAGUCACUGACCUAUGCUUUUGGUGGACAAGGUGUGUGAUACAGUGAAAUUAUUUGAGACAAAAUGGGAUAAAAUACAUCUCUUCCUCCCAAAUGCCACAAGCAGUCUUUUUGAGUAGCUGCUAUGUCUCCAAGUUCCUGUAAUCACAAAAUUUACAAUCUGGAGAAUGUAGGUGAACGCUACAACAGAACCUUGCAUGGUCUGUAAUGACAGGUGAGUGCACCUGUGUGUGUGUGUGUGUGUGUGUGUAUAUAAAACAGGAUAAAUGAUAAAAAGGCAGACCAGUGGCCUGAGCUUCAUAGUUUCCUGCAUCUGUUUCUACAUUGUCAUUAAUAAGCUUUUAAUGGAGCAAAACUGUAAAUGUUCUAAAAAUUUGAAGUGAUUGAAUAUUGUUUAACUUAUACAUUUUAUCAUAUAAUUAAAGUGGUUUACAUUAGCUACCAAACAAACUAGAUACAGCAACAAUAGUAAUGAACUCAUUCCUGGGACAUGUGAAAUAGUUAUGAUUUUGCAAAGUUGAUUUACACAUACAUGCACCGAGGAUUGAUAUCUCAAUGUACAUGAGGGCUGGACACAGUCAAAAUAGCUUUCAAACAGCAAGUCUGGCCAGUAAUCAUCUGGUAGUCCAAGUUAUUAAUGGAUUAGGAAUAACCUUUUAGUGGAAGUAAUGCAUUGUUAUAAAUCAUCAUAACUAUACUUUCAAUGCAGAUUGAUCUUAAAUUUUCACCUUGUAAUGUGUUGAUUUUCCAUUCUUCUGCUCAUAAUUAAACGAUGUUUUGAAAGCCUUAUUUGUCAAAUUGGGGUCCUUUACAAAAAUGUAUGCAAUCUUGGUGUACUUGAUAUUCUUUAUGUUUAAACAUUGCUAAAUAAAACAACUUUAAAGGG